CAACACCAUUCCUUAUUUGUCACAAUGCUGCUGCUCAGCCUAACCUUUAGCCUGGUCCUCUUUGGCUCCUCCUGGGGCUGUGGUGUUCCUGCCAUCACACCUGCACUGAGCUACAACCAGAGGAUUGUCAAUGGGGAGAAUGCAGUGCCAGGCUCCUGGCCCUGGCAGGUGUCUCUACAGGAAAACACCGGCUUCCACUUCUGCGGUGGUUCUCUCAUCAGCCCGAACUGGGUGGUCACGGCUGCCCACUGCCAAGUCACGCCUGGACGCCACUUUGUCGUUUUGGGAGAAUAUGACCGAUCUUCCAAUGCUGAACCUGUGCAAGUGCUCUCUAUCGCAAAGGCCAUCACACACCCUAACUGGAACCCCAACACCAUGAACAAUGACCUGACUCUCCUGAAGCUUGCCUCGCCAGCCCGGUACACAGCACAAGUCUCACCAGUCUGCCUGGCUUCCCCAAACGAGGCACUGCCUUCGGGCCUCACCUGCGUCACCACUGGCUGGGGCCGAAUCAGCGGUGUGGGCAACGUGACACCAGCUCGCCUGCAGCAAGUCGUUCUACCCCUGGUCACUGUCAAUCAGUGUCGGCAGUACUGGGGUUCACGCAUUACUGAUGCCAUGAUAUGUGCAGGUGGCUCAGGCGCCUCCUCAUGUCAGGGUGACUCAGGAGGCCCCCUUGUCUGCCAGAAGGGAAACACCUGGGUGCUUAUUGGGGUUGUCUCCUGGGGCACUCAGAACUGUAACGUACAAGCACCGGCCAUGUACACUCGGGUCAGCAAGUUCAGUACAUGGAUCAACCAAGUCAUGGCCUACAACUAAACUGUCCACAGAUCCUUCCCCAUCUCAAUCCAAUAAACAUACUAGUCUCAGUUUCUCCUGA